AUGUCAUCACCUAGAAACUAUGCUUCAAUAUUAGGAAAACUAUUUCAAAAUCCAAAGAUAAGGCGUGCUGAUUUGGUUUCCCUUCUUUAUAAAUCAAAUCAGUUCAAUGAUAUCAUUAUUUUUCUUGUAGAUUCACAAAAACUGCCAAAUAAUACUGCAAAUAAUGAACUUUAUUUCAAUAUUCUUAUUGAUAUGCUUGCGGAAAAAGAAGAUUUUGCAAAACCGUUCGGAUUACAAGAAAUUAACAAAAUUUUACGAUUGAUUGCCGAUAAUCCAUUCCAGAAUUCCGAUAUUAAGUUUAAUGAGAAGCUUACCAAGAUUCUUCGUCAAAUUUUUGCAAAAUAUAAUGCAAAUGAAGCGGAUAAAACAUUUCAAUUGCUUACAGAACCAAUAGGAACGUUCUCCAAUUUCUGUCUUGCGAUUUAUUCUUCGGUAAAUCCAAGCAUUUCGGAGAAAGCUUUUCCAAAAAUUUUAAAUUCUAUUGAUAUUCAAUAUGUUUCAUCGAUCAAUGCUGCAACAACAUUCUUCAGUGAGCAUAAACUCAAAGAUCUAACAGGUACCGCUAAAGAAUCUUACGAUACUUACGGAGGAGAUGAUAAAAUUUCAGAUUUAAUAAAACCGAUGCUCAUAAGCGAUGUUCCUAUACAGAGACUAGCUUUCAAAUUGAUCAGAUCCCUAUUCAAUUUCCUUGAACACGCUAACUCCGUCAAAAUUUUCACUUCAAUUUCAUCAUCUAUCACAGAUAUUCUUCAUAAGACUACAGAUUCGAUGCGAAUCGAAAUAGCAUCAAUAUUUGCAGACCUUCCUGCCGAUCCAGCUCUCGAAGACUAUCCUUUGGAAGCACAAUUAAGAAUGUUCCUGAAAGACCUCUCCCAGCACAUUUAUUCCGGUGAAAACUUGUACUGCAGCCAAGUUCUCAAGUUCGUGACCGACAGGAAAUCAGUUCCUGCCCUUAAAGACAUAAUUUCGGAUUUAUAUCAGUCGGCGGACACAUUGUUAGGGGCCAUGAUCAUAUCCACUGAGUUCGGACUGUUGGAUAGUGACCAGACCUUCAAGGAUAACUGUUUUCCAAAGGAAGUUAAGACUUCUCAGAUCGCAUUUGCAAUUGUUGGCAAUAUUUCAUAUAUUAUUGCUCACAAAAAGCUCAAAACCGAAAUUUUUGAGCCACUCGCGAAGUCAAUUUUCUCAAUUUUAUCAAAUCAUACGUUAUUAAGCGAUGAAAACUUAAGGCCAUCGAUAUUCUGUGCUGUAUCACAGUUCGUACACCUAUUCAAGCAAUAUCCAGGCAUGGUUGCUGAGAAUAUGUUGGUUGGAAUUCCAAAUAUCACUGAUAUCGAGGUUUUGACGUGCAUAUCGGGUGAAUUUGAGAAGAUACUGACUGAUUCAAAGAACGUACAAGUACCUUCUCCUGACAAAACCUUGUUUGUCAACUAUUUUAUUCAUUUAGUCAAAAUUUUCAUAAGAAGGCCAACAGGACUUAGCGAAUUCAGUGCAUUAUUGAGGGUCUACAAGCCGAAUAUCACUGAAAUUCCGAAGAAUUGGGUACAUUUAUACGAUAUUUUCGUUGUUGACCCGUAUUUAGCAGAAAUUCGCUCAUCAUUGUUAUCCAAGUCCAAACAAACUGUCGAAUUAGUCAUUGCUGCCGCUUAUUUGUCCAAUCUUUCAAAGAAUGAUAUUUCGGAUCUCGUAAACCUCGUAAUAUCAACGCAAUACUUGAACGAGAAGAAGGAGAAGUCGAUUGAUAAGCAAUUGUUCAUUGAUUUCUUCAAAGCUUUAAGCGAAAGAAACUUUGCAGCAGCAAUUGAAGAAUUAAACAUCCUCGCGAUGCAAAAGAAGAAGAAGAAAUUCUUAUUCAUCGGCAAGGAAGCGAAACAGAUCGAAUAUUCCGUAAGAUCAGCGACAAUUUUGACUUUAUCUGUCAUAUUAAAGCCAAAACCAACAUUAUCAGCCCAACAGCAGGAUACUAUCUACAAUAUCCUCAACAAGCAGCUCCCUGUCGAGAAGAAGAUGCCU